AUGUUCGUUAAUAACUAUUGCUUGUCAAUGAAUUGUAUUGUUACUCCACUUAAUGGUUGUGGAGGAAUAUACUUAGGAAAUAUAGAUGCAGCUCAAGACUCUUAAUUACUAAAUUAAUUCAAAAUUGGAGCUGUAUUGUAAAUAUUAGAUUAAUCAGUUCCUGUUUAAGGAGCUUACAAAUUAGUAAUAAAUAUAUAUUAUAUAUUUAGUGGAUAAUGGCUGAAGAUUCAGAAGACUUUCCUCUACAUAAAUACUUUGAUUAAUGUAUAAGAUUUAUAGAGAAUUAAAGUAAAAAAACAAAUGUAUUGAUCCAUUGUUAUGCUGGAAUAUCUAGGUCUGCUGCAAUAGUUGCUGCAUAUAUAAUGUAGAAAUAUAAUUGGAGUGUAAAUUAGAGUAUACUUCAUAUUCAAAAUAAAAGAAGGAUUGUUAGUCCAAAUUCUGGAUUUAUGAAAUAAUUAAGAGAGUUUGAAAAGAAAUUAUCAAAUAAAGAAUAAUAAUAAUCAUUAAACUCAUUUAAAUUAGAUAAAUUAAAUUAUAGACCUGGUUCAGCUCUAUCAAAUUAUAAUAAAGUCAAUAGUCCAAAUACUUAUAAUAUUAAAUCAUCUAAUAGAUUGGAUGAUUUUAGUAGUAAAUUAGAUUAAUUUAGAAAUUUAUUAAGAGUAAAAUAGAAAGGUUAUUGA